CUGAACUAAUGUUCAUACGCACUAAAUUUUCCUUUCUCAUCUGGCCAGAUUGGAACAAAAGAGAAAAACGAACAACUGAGAAAACCACCGACUGAAAGCAGAAACACCAGCGUUCGCUCCACCUUUUUCAUUUAGAUCCGUUUCCCACCCCACCAGCCACCACGGACGAAAUAAUGACAGACAUGGAAGAUGGUCGUAUCAAGCGACCACGUGAUGAAGAGGUGGGCGGAGAAGGAGAAGACACGGACAUGCCUAAGCGGCGAAGAGGGGAGGGACCGCGGAUCGAGCUACGCAUUCUCAUGCAGAGCAAGAAUGCUGGUGCCAUCAUUGGCAAAGGAGGAGCCAAUAUCAACAGGCUGAGAAAUGAUUACAAAGCCAGUGUUACAGUGCCUGAUAGCAACGGUCCCGAACGUGUUCUUUCUAUUGGAGCUGAAUUGGGCACAGUCCUUGAUAUGCUGCUGGAGGUUCUGCCAGAAAUGGAAGAUCAGGCCAGGAACAAAAGGAAUGACGCAGAAUCGGAAGUGCGCAUGAUUGUUCACCAGAGCCAGGCAGGCUGCAUCAUCGGUAGACAAGGAUUCAAAGUCAAAGACUUGCGCGAGAAAACUGGAGCAAACAUCAAAGUGUUCUCCACCUGCUGCCCCAACUCCACAGACAGAGUGGUCGCCAUCACUGGCAAACCAAAAGUGGUGGUUGGCUGCAUUGAGGAAAUUGUGGAGCUGUUGCAACAAGAACACCAGGCUCCCCCUAAAGGGCCCAUGAAUCCAUACGACCCGUCGUUCAGUGAUGAGUUUUUGGCUCCUGAAUAUGGAGGCUUCAUCACUGGAGACAUCCGUGCCAGCAAGGGACUGCCACGUGGGGCAGCCCCACCCCCUCGUGGUAUGAGGGGUGCGAUGCGGGGAGGCAGAAUGGGUAUGGAUGCUUUUGGGAUGGGUGGAGUCUUGGAUUUUGGCCGAGGUGGAAUGCGAGGUGGCAUGCGUGGAGGCAUGCGAGGCGGGAAGGCCUUUGGAAGUGGCUUGGGCGGUGACAUGGAGCCAGGCAUGGGCAGAGGGGCAGCUUUUGGCAGAGGGGGAACCAUGAGAGGCAACAUGAACGGCAAUAACAUGGGCUUGGGCCGUGUCGGAACUGGCCCUGGAUUUGGAAGUGCAUUUGGAGGUGGAAUGCAGCAAGAUUUCAGUGGUGAUAUGACUAACAUGGGAGGAGGCCAGGGCAUGGCGUUUGGUGAGGAGGAAUGUGAAACUACGCAAGUAACCAUCCCAAAAGAUCUGGCCGGUGCUAUUAUUGGUAAAGGUGGAAGUCGGAUUACCGAUAUCAGGCGUCGAUCGGGUGCCCAGAUUGUGAUUGAUGAGGCACUGCCGGGAUCCAAUGAUCGCAUUAUUAGCAUCAGUGGUACCCCUGACCAGAUCCAAAAUGCUCAGUACCUGCUCCAGAUGAGUGUAAACUUGUAGAUUUCAUCCCCGGGCUGUCUAGACGUCUCCACAUGCUCCACUGUCAAGCAGAACUCAAACAAGUUCUAGACGAAUGACUCCCAGACUCAGUCAGCAUUCAGCCCAUCGUAGAAACAUCUGGUUGGAGGAAUGCGGCAUCUGUCUUUGUAUGCAGUAUUGAGAUGCAUGGUUUUUUUUUCAUUCCAGACUAUCCCCAGACGUUACUUGUAACCAUAUUUUUUAAGAUACAAAUCUUCGUUGUCCUUAUGUCAUGUCAUUGCCUCAGCUCCUGAAAAUCAGAAAGUUUACAAGAGAUUAUCUCGUUCCCCCUCGAUAUGAGGGAUGACUGAUACUGUACACUGAAAUUUUGUCACAAAUACAAUUUGCUUCCUUGUCACUUUUGUGUUCUAGUUGAGAUCACUCCCUUCCUCCCAUGUUUGUCAGUGUUAGAAAUGAUCAACACUUGAAUGGUAAUGAAUUAUGUUCCAUCUUAGAAAAACUCUUAAGAGAAGGUUUUUGUGUUUGUUUGUUUUUUUGGGUUUUUUUUGUAAUUUCAUUUAUCUUCAUACUGCCAUGGUCCUUGUACAUAGCCCACCCUUUUGUCACGCAGUUGUUCAACAUUUAAUGUAACCUUCCAAUGACCACUUCAGAGACACAGGUACGUUUUUACUGUAACACCCGACCAUUGUUUUCUAACUGUUGUCAUAAUUUUGGAGGGGCUUGAUGACUACUCGUGGGUUGUGUUUGCCUCUUUGUUUUAAAGAAAUAAACAUUGUUUGUGUAAAAGUUC